ACUCUUGUCCCAUUCUUUUGUUUUUUCUCGGAGACCCGGCGACGGGAACUCAUGCAGGUCAACCAAAGCUUUACCGGAGCAUUUAAGAUAGUCAGUCCCCUUAUCUUAUCGUACCCCAAAAGUUCGGCUUGAAGGCAAAGCUCCGGAAGCUUCUCCUGCACCUCGACUUGUCACUGGAGACUCUCACGUCCCGAAGCCGAAAACGAAACGAACGAACGAACGAAGCAAACGAGAAGAGCAUCAUUCAAGGCCUGCCUGUCUCACAUAAAACGAGAAUUACUUUUGUCGAAUUGUGGUUACACAUGCGCAUGUGCUACCAAGGACUCGUCUAUCUUUCUUGAGGAAUCCCGCGAUGAUCCCGACAACCAGCACAUGAUUUGAAGUCUGGAAUGCUACACGAAAUAGAGAAGAAACAGCAAAAAAGUGGAGAUAAGCAAAGAUGCAGCGACUGUCUCGUCAAAGAGCCUUGCUGGAUGGUCUACGGGGCGCUGCCAUAUCCCGCGCUGCGCAGCGGACCAGCGGGACGCAUGCUUCGAGAUGCUUCUCAAGCACGGUGUCCAGGCGGGAUGGGGAGGAGAGGAAAUGGUCUACGCCUUUGGCGAAACAGCUGGCCGAGGCUAUCUCGAUGACCGGUCCCAUUCCCCUCGCGAGCUACAUGCGCAUGUGUCUAACCGGCGAUAUUGACGGAUACUAUACGGGUCUGGCCGAGGAGAACAGAGACCAGUUCGGCCUAAAGGGAGACUUCGUCACGUCGCCCGAGAUAUCCCAGAUAUUUGGCGAGCUGAUUGGUAUUUGGUUCGUCGCAGAGUGGUUGAGCCAGGGCAAGCCCAGCAAGGGCGUCGAGAUCAUGGAGGUCGGCCCCGGACGCGGUACGUUGAUGGACGACAUGCUUCGUACGAUGCAGAAUUUCAAGGGUUUUGCGCAAAGUAUUGACGCCAUCUACAUGGUGGAGGCCAGCCCUCAGCUCCGCGAGGCGCAGAAGAACCUCCUUUGCGGCCCCGAUGCGCCAAUGACAGAAUCUAAAGUUGGAUAUCACAGCGUCUGCAAGCGUACCAACUUGCCCAUUGUCUGGACCGAAACCAUCAAAUCGAUUCCUCAAAGCCCCGAGAAGAUGCCCCUGAUAGUGGCACACGAGUUCUUCGAUGCGCUCCCCAUCCACGCCUUCCAAGCUGUCAAAGUUCUCCCUCCCGCACCCAAAGAACCCAUACCGGGACAACCCACCCCGAGAACCCCCCCUCGUGAAGCUGAAGGGCCCAAGAUCGAAUGGCGCGAGAUGCUCGUCUCACCGACCCCGCCAGACGCAACCCACGCAACAAUGAACAUACCGAAAUCAGAACAGGGUGACCCGAUCCCCGAUUUCCAAAUGACCCUCGCCACAAGCUCAACCCGCCACUCGCGCUACGUCCCCGAGACCUCAUCCCGUUACCGCCGCCUCAAAGCCACCGUCCCGGACGCCGUAGCCGAGAUCUGCCCCGACGCCUCCAUCUACGCCGCCGACUUUGCCAGCCGCAUCGGCGGCUCAAAGCAGCACCCCAAAGCCCGGCCCUCUGGCGCGGCACUGAUCCUGGAUUACGGCACGUCCGAUACCGUCCCCAUCAACUCCCUGAGAGGCAUCCGCCGCCACCGACGCGUCAGUCCCUUCUCGGAACCGGGCCUCGUUGACCUGAGCGCUGACGUCGACUUCACCGCCAUCGCCGAGGCAGCGAUGAUCGCGAGUGAGGGUGUCGAGGUCCACGGGCCCGUCGAUCAGGGCGCAUUCCUGGGUCAGAUGGGCAUCAAAGAGCGUGCCGAGGUCUUGAUCAAGCAAGUCAAGGCCAAGGCGGCCACCGAUAAGGCGCAGGCCAUUGAGGGUGCUUGGAAGCGUCUUGUCGACCGUGGCCCUGGUGGGAUGGGUAAGGUAUACAAGGCCAUGGCCAUCUUGCCUGAGAACGAUGGAAAGAGGCGUCCCGUCGGCUUUGGCGGCGACGUGUAAGAAUUGUCGUGUACUUUUAGGAAUGGCUUGUAAGAUGAUACCAAACGAGAGCAGACUCAUGAGCAUUAUUUGCGAUCAUGUGAUUGACAAUGUGGUACCUCCCACCUCUACAAGACAAUAAAGUU